CUGUUAGCACGCUAAUGCUUACAGCUGGACAUUCAGGUGAGAGAGAGCAGACUUUUUGUCGGAGGCAACAAGACCACAGCACAGAAAGCAGCGAGCUUCGGGUAGAAGCCUGGUUUGAGUGGUUUAGGAGAACGUUGGCCGGGGUGACCUGGUGGAAACUGCACUGUUACUGAUGACCGGAUCACUGGAUGUUUUAAUUGCUGCCUCAUUUCUGCUGGCGCCUGGCUUAUCCUGCAUCAGAGAUAUUUAUAAUCUGAACAUGCUGGAGUUAUGACAUCAUCCGGCACUGCUGACCAUGACAAGCGUUUGGGGAAGCAUGCAAACCGGUCUGUCAUGGGGACAAUGGGUUGUCAGAAGACUUUCAAGGUGGAGAAACUCCUGAAACAGUCUCAGUGGGAAGUAGCGUGGAGCCAGAGGCAAAGGUUAGUUACGACGAAGAGGAACAGCCGGAUGAGAGGCACAGAUAAGCUGAGAAAUGAAGUUUUGCCCCUCCAGCUCCCAGGUGUGCAGCAUUUGGACAGCUUUCGUCUUCUAGAGGACAACAGCGGAGCUCUGAGACUCAACCCGGAGACCCUGAGCCACCAAAGGCAAAAGCAGAAGUUACUGGAGACUGAGAUCAGCACCAGAAGGAAGGAGUGUGAAGCACUUGAGGCGGAGGUGAAGAAAAAGAAUCAAACAUGUCAGACUUUGGAGAAUGAGCUUCAAGAUUUCCUCCAGGAGAACAAACACUUGAACCUCCAGUUGUUUAACAAUAGCCACAAGGCAUCUGAGUAUGAGAAGGUGAAGUCUGAGUAUGCCCAGCUCAAAGAGACCCUUGGUGCUGUGACGCAGGAGAGAGAUUUAGCCCUGUGGGAGAGGAACCAGCUCCAAGGCAAACUGGAGAACCUAGAGCAGGUGCUCAAGCAUAUGCGCGAGGCUGCGGAGCGGAGGCAGCAACUAGAGUUGGAGCAUGAGCAGGCCUUGGCUGUACUCAAUGCAAAGCAGCAGGAGAUUGAAGUUCUUCAGAAGGCUCAGGUUGAGGCAAAAAAGGAACAUGAAGGCGCUGUCCAUCUGUUAGAGAACCACUUGGACAGCAUGCAGGCCAAAGUCCGCGAGCUGGAGGAAAAAUGCCGGUCUCAGAGUGAGCAGUUCAACCUCCUGUCAAAAGAGCUGGAGAAGUUCCGGCUCCAGGCUGGGAAGUUUGAUAUCCUCAGCACUGAACCCUUAACUUUAUGUGAAUCUCCUGGGUCGCCCAACAAAUCCCUCUCACAGCUCCUCAAUGGACUGGCUGCCCCCAUAGGAAAAGGCAAUGAGGCUCCAACAAGCAGAUCUUUGAUAUCUGAGUUCAUUCGACCCCUCCAGAUCAGUGGAGACAAGCCCGAGCUCCUCUCUGUCAAGCCAACAUUCCUCACUCGCGGUCGAGUCAGCAGCCCAGCGCGGGCUUUCCUCUCUGAGAUGGACAAAGAGCUCAGCUCAACUACCAGGUCCAAACCAAGGUUCACGGGGAAAGUUCGUCUGUGUAUUGCUCGGUACAGUUACAAUCCUUAUGAUGGGCCUAAUGAGCAUCCUGAGGCAGAGCUCCCCCUGGUGGCAGGGAAGUACCUCUACGUUUACGGGACGAUGGAUGAGGAUGGCUUUUACGAAGGAGAGCUGCUGGAUGGACAGCGGGGACUCGUCCCGUCCAAUUUUGUGGAUUUUGUCCAAGAUGAGGAGACACCCUCUGUCCAGCACAGGGACACAGUGGCUAAAGAACCUGGCUACCUCAACCACAGUAGCCUGGGGCCUCAGAGACUGAAAGUGGGCACAGGAACGGGAACGGGCAUAAGCAGCCUGCUGUCUGACAGUAAACUAGACUGUCUAAGCACCAGCAGCUUGGGCAUGGACCUCCUGGGAUCCUCCAGCAACGGGACAGGAACCUUGGAUGUCAGCAUUGACGAGGUCGGUGAAGACAUUGUGCCUUAUCCCCGCCGCAUCAACCUGAUUAAACAACUGGCCAAGAGCGUGAUUAUUGGCUGGGAUCCACCUGUGGUCCCACCAGGCUGGGGCUCCAUCAGUGGCUACAAUGUCUUGGUGGAUAAGGAGUUACGCAUGAGUGUCCCCUACGGGGGCAGGACAAAGUCCCUUCUUGAAAAGCUCAAUCUGGCCACCAACACCUACCGAAUCUCAGUGCAGAGCAUCACUGACCGGGGCCCAUCGGACGAGCUCCGGUGCACUCUGCUCGUGGGAAAGGAUGUGGUGGUGGCACCUUACUACCUGCGGGUGGACAGCAUCACGCAGGUCUCUGCUGAGCUCUCUUGGAUGCCCAGCAACAGCAACUACAGUCACACCAUCUUCCUCAAUGGUGCAGAGUACGAUAUGGUCAAGGCGGGGGGCUACAAGUACAAGUUCUUCAACCUGAAGCCCAUGACAGUUUACAAGGUGAAGGUUGUGGCGCAGCCACAUCAGGUGCCUUGGCAGCUUCCGAUGGAUCAGAGAGAGAAGAGGGAAAUCUCUGUGGAGUUCUGCACUCAGCCUGCAGGGCCCCCUCUCCCUCCCCAGGAGGUGCAGGUCCAGUGUGGUCAGACGCCGGGGGUCCUGCAGGUCAGAUGGAAGCCGCCGCCUCUGUCGUCUUCAGGAACCUCCAACGGUGCCAGUGUGAUUGGCUACGCCGUGUGCACAAAGGGACAAAAGAUAGCAGAGGUCUUAUACCCCACAGCAGACUAUGUGACCGUGGAGUUAAACAGGAUUCAGUGUCUGGAGGCCAGGGAAGUCAUUGUAAGGACGUUAUCAACACAAGGAGAGUCCCAGGACUCGCCUGUGGCCGUCAUCCCGCACAAUCUGUUGGGCUCUCCACGCCUCUCCCACAGAACCACUGCGCCUCCCCACCCUAUGUCCCACCCGCAGCCCCACCCGGUACACUCACAAACCCAUCCUCCUUACCCGUCGACGUACCCCCCCAAUCAUCCACAGCCCCAGGUGCAGCCUCUGCCUAGAGCCCAGCCCCACACACUGCCCCACGCACAGCCGCAUUCGCAGCCCAUCUGCCAACCCCCUCCUCAUUUCCAGCGCCACCCCAUGCCCAAGUCCAAACCGUUAGCAAGUGCCAGAGAGCCAGAAACCAAAGAGCAUGAGGUGGGACUACGGACAGCCCAGCCGUGGGAGCGAUCCCCCUCUCCGCUGCCUCCCAUGCGUGGACCCAACUUGGAGCCGCCGCACUUUCAGCCACGGCGAUCGCCCUCUCCUCAGAGGAUCCUGCCACAGCCUCAGGGAGUCCCCAUCCCCAACACUAUCGCCAAGGCCAUGGCCAGGGAAGCUGCCCAGAGAGUGUUUGCCGAGGGCAACCGGGUUGAGAAAAGGAAUAUCUUUAGUGAGCGAGGCAACGCCUUGCAUCCACUCAACUCUGAUGAGGAGGAGGACGGCUACGACUCUCCUCAUGCGAGGAGAAGAGGAGCCUCGGUGGAUGAAUUCCUCAGGGGCUCAGAGUUGGGCAGACAGCACCAUCACCACCACUACAGCCACAGCGAGGAGUACCACACAGAGAGUAGCCGGGGCUCUGACCUGUCCGACAUAAUGGAGGAGGACGAGGAAGAUCUUUACUCUGAGAUGCAACUGGAGGAGGGCCGCAGACGCAGCAUCAACUCUCACAACACUCUUAAGGCAUAUUACAAGCGUCAGGACUUAGCCGAGGAAAGAGACUGCUGGGACCUCCAGAGGGAGGUGGUGAAGCAGAAGUCGCUCCGCAGCAAGCGUCUCCACAGCAUCCCCGAGGUGGAGGAAGAGUCGGACUGUGUGGACAGCAUGGGCCAGCGCCUGUGCUUUGAAGACGGCGGGCGGCCGGGGACGCCACACACUCAGCGACGGGCGUACUCCCAGGACGGCCACAUGCACAACCAUCUCACCCCCAGCAAGAACUCACGCCACCUGCAGCGCCAGCGCUCCUCCCCUCGCUUCACCGACAGCCGCUACUGCUACAGCGCAGACGACCGCAGCUUGGUACGACCCAACCGCCAGAACACCAAGAGUCCUGACAGUGGGUUAGACUGCGGCAGUGAGGAAGAAGGCUCUCUAGGCCGGGGUUAUCGAGGGUACUAUGCUCACGGGAGCCCCAUGCGGGGACCCGUUCACAUCAUUCACUGUGAAGGCCCGGUAGAAAGGCGUGCACUGGCCAUGGGCCGUAAAAGAACUCUGACCCGGCAGUGCAGCGUAGAGGAGGAGUACUCUGACAUCCCAGUGACUGCAGCCAAGUCAGUACACACAGGUGACUUUAGGAACAGGGAGCACUUUGGGCCUGGUCGGGAUGGUGGGCCGCGAAACUACUCCAGGGAAGGGGCCCUGAGCGAGGGCAGGCUGAACGAGCUGGACAGGGUCUAUUACAGCCCCCACAGGGAGGCUAGGGCCCAGUCUUUGUCCAGGCUCAACCGGGACCAGCCGCUGAUCAUUGGGAACUCACCAUCACACGGAAGUGCUGAUCGUCUGGACCACUCAGGGAGGAGGCCGGUUCACAUCGGCAACCCCCCUCAGCAACGGCCCAUCCCAUCCAUUGAGAUCACCAUGGACAGUAACAGUGAGGGGAGUGAGGGGAACCUCUCACCCGUCAAGGAGGAUGUUUACUAUGGCAGUGUAGCUCGGCGCAGGAUAUGGCGAUCUAUGUCCUCAGAGGAUCAAUAUGACGGCUAUGGCGGGCGAAGGCACGGGCGGGGACGGCGCUCCGCGGAAUACUAUGAGGAGUCAGAGCCGGAGGAGAUGACCCGUGUGUUUGUGGCUCUGUUUGACUAUGACCCCAUGUCCAUGUCUCCCAACCCCGAUGCUGCUGAUGAGGAGCUGCCAUUCAAGGAGGGCCAGAUCAUCAAGGUCUUUGGGAACAAAGACACAGAUGGCUUCUACAGGGCGGAGGUCCGAGACCGAGUGGGUCUGAUCCCCUGCAACAUGGUCUCCGAGAUCCAAACAGAGGAUGACGACAUGAUGGAUCAGCUCCUAAAACAGGGCUUCCUGCCACUCAACACUCCUGUGGAGAAGUUAGUGAACUGUGACCGUUUCAAAGAUGGCCGCUCAAUAAAUCGCAGGUCCAGAAAGUCCAAGAGAGAGAGGAACAGACGGAGUGGCCGUCAACAUCCAAUGUCGACACGGAGAAUGGUGGCUCUGUACGACUACGACCCCCGAGAAAGCUCUCCAAACGUUGAUGUAGAGGCUGAACUGACUUUCUGUGCCGGUGAUGUCAUCACAGUUUUUGGUGAAAUAGAUGAAGAUGGCUUUUACUAUGGCGAGCUCAACGGACACAAGGGACUUGUUCCUUCCAACUUUCUAGAAGAAGUGCCUGAUGAUGUAGAGGUUUUUCUAACUGACUCACCAUCUCGAUACCCCCAGGACACUCCUGCACGGAUAAAGACCAAAAGGAAGAAGAGUGUUCAUUUCACACCUUAAAGGCUCUGUUUCCGUCACGUAAGUGAGCAACUGAGGAUACCAAGAUUACGCCCCCUCGUCUAAUGCAGAUGACAUGGGUACCCUUAGUUUCUGGUAUGCAACAUGUAUACUUUAUAUGACAUUCCUUUAGUGCUGCUAUGCCUUUAGGUAGUUUUAGGAUUCUCCUUUGUUUCACCAAAAGUUUCAAUACUGUUUGUUGGUAGGAGGCAGUAACCCUAGCCAAUGCAUUAGACAAGAAGUAUGGUAUCUUCAGUUGUUUCUCUGAGUGUUGUACAUGACAAUGUCCGUCUCCUGCAAUAAGUCUCCUGCUGUAACUCAUGGUAAGCUAAAAGGCCAUUGUUGUACCUUCAAUUCUCAAAAGGUUCAGUCACAAUUAGUGGUAGUAACAUUUAGACUAGUGCAGUAUGACUGCUGCUUCUGAGAAAGAAAUCCUAACCUACAAAUUCUAUGCAAAAAUCCAAAGAAAAGCAUAAAAAUCUUUGAUUUGGUUUUGAAGCUCUGACGUAAUUUGGCUUUUUGCUCCGGCCAAAUUUCAGCCCCUUAUCUUGUAUGUAAAGCAUAAUGUGAAAUUUUAAAGAAAUUCAUGUAUGAAAUUUAAAAACACUCCAGUUUGGUCAAAUCUGUUUGCAUUUUGGUUAUGUCAACUAAUCAAUCAAUUUAAAGUGAGACUGGAACUUUUGCUGUGCAAAUGACAUUACAGGAUAAUGUGGGAUUGUAACAGUACUAUGCUAAGUGAUGCUAAGUGAUGCUAAUGCUAAUCAGCGGUGAGUCACAAGCAAGUCUCAGGUCUUUGCACUGAUGUCUCAAGUCGAGACUGGCAAGUCCCAAGUCAGGUCCUAAAUCCCAACCUUUGAGUUUCGAGUCCUAUAGAAGUCGUAAUGUGCGCUUCACCAAAUGUAAUGCCAUUUUAAUAUCAGAGUAAUAACAUAUUCAAUUUACAAAAAUCAGGAAUGCUUUUUAGAGUUUGUAUUUAUUAUUAUUAACACAGUUUGUUGGAAGUUGUUGUGUUGCCAUCUGUAAUUUUUACCUUGGGUGUUUUGCAUAUUGCAAUUUCUUUAGUUUUUGUGCGUGAAUUAAGUCAUCUUUGGUAUCAUUUUUUCCAGCUGACACUCAUUAACCCAACAAGUUGUUCAUGGCUCUCUCCUGCAACUUUACUGGAUGCUGUCAGAUUGGUUUGAACAAAGCGUAAUUAAGUGUUGACUUGAAUGAAAAGUGCUGGUAGAUACUUUGGAUCAGGAAAUGAAGGGAAAUAAAUUUAUUGGAGUGGAGUCACGAGUCAUUGGUGUUAUAUUUCAAGUAAAGUUGCAAGACUUUUUUUUUAUUUUGUCAAGUCUAUAAUCAAAUUUGUGACUCGAGUCCACACCUCUGGUUAUCAUACUCGGAGGUUAUCAAAGCCCUUGUGUGCAUGGUGCAGUUUUUGGUCCUUUUUCAUUUGUAAGCAGGACGUUUUAUUCUCUCAACAGUUCCACAGUCUCACUUUAAACUCAGUAGAAUACAUGACUAAAAGAAGCAGAAUGAUUUUGCUAUGCCACAUGAUCUGGUGUUUAAAACACAUUGCACUUACAGCCUCAUAUAAAUGGAAUCUUUGACCAUGUGUCUUCCCAAAGUGCAAUUUAAAGGAGCCUUUUAGCUCAUGAUUACAGAAAAGGAAUAGUGACUAGUAGUUUCUCUGUAACCCAGUUGUAUCAGUAAAUAUCUCUCUCUCUCUCUCUAUAUAUAUAUAUUUAAGGGGAAAGAAAGUGAAUGUGGUAUAAAUAUUUCCCACCUGUCCCAAACUGCAAAUGUAUCUGUUUAUGUGAGAGGAACUGCCCUGCCCCUGAUAUUCACUGUUGGGAAUUGUUGUCACCUUACAUUGAUGUGGAAGUUAGUGAAUGUCAUGCGUAAAUUCUGUGUUGUAGCUUAUUCCUAGCAGCUUCAUACAAAAAGAGAAAAGAAAAAAAAAAAAACACUUUCUACCUGACAGAGGGAGGGGAGGUGGAGGGAGGGAGUGUGUAUCUAUGCUACACAGGACAACAUCCAGGGAGCUAGACUUCAGAGCUAUGGUGGCCCUGCUGAGACAGAAAGGACUUAAGAGAAGGAGGGGAAUAGUGACUGGAGGUGUGAGAGACGGCUGGCUUUUUAACACCCUCAACUGUCCCUUACGGGUCUCCCAUUAGGUUCCACUGGACAAAUCGGGUCCGCCCAGAAGAACAGGCUCUCCCACAGUGCGUCCACACAUCCCUGGCUCUGGCCCUGCCACCGUGGGGCCCGGCAGUCCCAUCAGGGCCCCACUGGACAUGUACUCCUCCAAAAAGAAAAAGGGACUGCUCUCCAAAGGGAAGACGCUAUUGCAAAGACUUGGCGCUGUAAAAUAAUUCCUCAACAUACUUGGAGAGUGUCAUCCACGUCCUUGUAGUGUUAAAAGAAAAGAAAAAAAAUUGAAACUUAACAGUGGACAGGUGGCAUUUGUGAGCUUAGCAAAUGCUUUAUUCUUGUACAUCUGUUGUAUACUACAAUAUUUGUAUUUUGUUAACAGUAUCAGCUACAUCAUUUCAGUAACACAUUUCAUAUUAUGAUCCCGAGACCUCACGGUGUCGGCCGAUGUAGUAUUGAGUAUCUUACCUCCAAGUCUCUGAUGUUUUGCUGUAGACCGAGACCGGGCCUGAGGCAUUCUCCAUUUUGAACCUGGUCAAGUCUGAUGGCACUUAACACACCACAUUGUGAGCCUGACCAGUGUCUCUGUGCGCAGAAUGUCACUCAAACACAGAGGGCUCAGUUAAAGCGCCGAAGAAAAAGAUGGACUUGCAGGGCCUCGACUUGAGCUUGUUCAAAACAGCCAGUCGCAUAAAUUGUACGAGAGGUUUGCAUGCUUUACUUCAGCACAUUCCCUCCUGACCCCUCGAGAGUGCAUGCAAUGCGACGGGCUCAGUGUGGAACCUGGAGCGUGCAGUACUUUAAUACGUCACAGCUGACUUGCUGUGUAGUAUACUGUGACAAAUCAGAAUUAACUCUCCUGCCCUAUCUCAACCACUUGUGAUAAGAGUCCCCCCCCCCCCCACACAAACACGUCAGACACCUAAUAGAACAAGCACAUACUGUACCUACUACAGGGUCUCUGCAUUGAAAUCAGCCUGAGUAGAUCAAAUCUCCAUGUAUUUGCCUUACAAUCGCACAAUGGUUAGUACUUUGCCCAGUAGAGUGCAGUCCCAUGCCUACUUUUCAUUUAUGUUGGUACUUCAUAAAAUCUGUUUGCAGAUGUUAAUCCUGACUUGUGCUGUGCAGGGUAUUGUGUGACUGUCGUGAUUUCCAUAGGACCAGAGCUUACACAUAACCGUCUGAGACUCCUGUGUUGACAUUGUCCAUCAUCUAUAGAUAAGCCCGAAAAAGAAAGUCUUUUUAAUCUGAAAAAAACACAUGGGGAAAAAAAAGUCCAAUAUUCUCUCUGUAUACAAACUCCUGAGGUUGAGUGAAUGAAGGGACUUUUUUGAGUUUACUGUUUUUGAUGCCACACUGAUGCACAUCUGACUUAAAAUGACUACUCUACAAAGGAAACCGUGACAUAAACAGAUUAAAGAACAAAUCUGUGAUAUAGCAUCAGCAAAUGAAGUCCUGGUAUUGUACUGCAUUUGAUUCAUAACAUGCAACACUUUUGGGCUUCACUCGAAGACUAAAGGUUUGACUGUUUUCACAGUAGUUAACAGUGAGACACAAGGCUACCUCUACGCUGCCCCUCAACCCUUCUAACCCAAAAUCUAAUAGAUCUGAAAUAUGUUUAUUCAAGCCAAUCUGUCAUUGAUGCCUGUUCAGUGUGUCCCGAGUUAGGUUGGUGCAGGAUACAAGUACUGUAUAUCAAUAUAUAUAUCUAUAUAUCUAUAUCUACACCUUAAUGUAGAGUAGUGAAUGUAUGAUGAAUUGAAAGCCAAUGUAUUUUCAAAGCUGCCCAAAAGGAUUGUGCAGAUGUCCGUCUUUGUGCGUGAAAUGAAACAGUUCACCUUUAUUUCCUUACACAUUGUUUUCCAUUUCAUCCUCAUGUAUUUAAAGGAAAAAAAAAUCUAGCCUAUUUUUUCUACACAAAAGAGUUGAACUGAAACUGCCAAAAAAGAAUGUAUGCAAAACAUUCUGUAAUACUUUCUGUACAAUUCUCGGCCGAACAGCCAUGUUGACCUACGGUAAACUGAUGUACACCUUUUCCUAUUUAUGGACCAUGUCUUCAGACAUUGCUUCUAUUCAUUUUGAGUGACUGUUGCUCUUUUUGUACUUUGUCCAUUUGUAAAAUUGUUUUUAAAUGUUUAUACUUGAUUUUCAAACUGCCUUUUUUGUACAUUUAACUUUAUAAUCAAACAGUGCAAGCUUUCCCCAUGGUGUCUUGAAGACCAUAUUGUUUUAAAGUCUGCAAUUGUGUGCUAGCUUUAUGAUAAGAAUUAUCAGCCUAUAUUGAUGGUUACAAAUUAUUGUGUGGG